AUGGAAGACAAGAAUAAAGAGGAGAAACCAGAAGAGCAACUUACAGAACCUGAAUCAGUUUUUCCAGUAUCCUUACUAGAAUUUCAAACUGAGACAAAAGAAGACGAAAUUGAUCGUGUUUUGCUUAGUCUGAAACAAGUGGGAAAAAAGAACAAAGAAUAUCAUGAAAGAAAUGACCUUCUGAAGAAAGAACAGCAGGCACACCUCAGGCACCUACUAGAACACUUAGAAGAAGAGGAGAAAGAAAAAAAUCAAAAGGAGGUUGUAACUAGGGAUGAUGUAGAAGAGUCACUGAAAGCAACAUGGCAGUAUGUUAAGGACAAAGAACAACUUCUGGAAGAUCUGAACUCCCAGAUUGAAGAAACUGAACAAAGAUUUAAAGAAAAGCAGACUGAGAGAGAUUAUUGGUUGGAGUACAAAAAUGUAGGCAGUAAAGUAGAGGCUGAGAAGAUUUUGAAUCUGACAAAAGACAUUAAGGAAGUCAAAGAUGACUUUCACAGAGCUUCAGAAUAUUAUAGAAAAGCUUUGAAAGCACUGAAAGAAGAAAAUGACGGGCUGGUUGAGAAGCACAUGAAAUUAAGUACAGAACAGGCCCCUGAGAAUGCUGUAAGAUACUUAAACAAACACAGUCGCAGAGAAAUUCAAGAGAAUGAAUGGUUAAAAGAAGAGGUUAAGAUGUACCAAAAGGAAGUAAGUGAUUUGAAAGCCUCUGUUCAGCUCCUGGAAGAAGAAAAUAUCUAUUUAGUGACAAAACUCAUUGAUAGCAGACUUCAGAAUCUGAGAGUACCCAGGCAUUUGUUUCUUACCCAAGCAGCUGGCUUGCGAGAUGAAUUUCCUAAGGGUGAAAUGAAAGAAACAGAGUAUAGAGAGGAUGCAGCAAAGACAGAUGGAGAUGAAAGCCUCAGAAGUGCCAUAGUCCCUUGUCAGGAAAAAAAAGCCUUUCCAAAAACUCAGUCUAAAGCGGAGAAUGAGAAGCCUCAAGACAGUGAUGAGGAGCUGUGGGAAAAGUCCUUCACUCCAACUCUUGGUAGCUUGUUGUAUGAAGAUGAAAAAGAUUUCCAGGAAUACUCAAAACUGGGUCCUCUGGAGACAACACUCAUGUGUGUGGUUGGAAGAGCCAUGCCUAUUCAUAAAGAACCGAAAGAAAUGCCAAGCAGGAGCCACUUAGAAGAUGGCAUUGGCCAAUCAGACAGGCACAUCACAGCUCGGAUGAUCAAGGCCUUAACUAAAGAAAAGGUUGGUUAG